AAUACAGAUAUUUUCCGGCGAAUUCGAAAUCUCUUUAUCGGUACCGGAAAAUUAGCCGGAGUACUACUGGAGAUUUUACUCCGACGUCGGAGUUUUUCGCUGUUAUUUGAUUUGAUAACUCUACGAUUUGCUUAAGGAUUUUAGUUUUCCCUGCAUUUUCUCUCGUUGUUCGUUGAAUACGUGAAGAGAACAGAGCAAAGCGGAUUAUUGCUUUGUUCGCCAUUUUUACCGGUGAGUUUCAGAUGAUUAUCAGCUCCGGUGCGUAGCCAUUUGAGAGAAUAGAGCAAACACAGAUUGUUGCUCUGGACGGCAUUUUUACCGGUGAGUUUCAGAUGAUUAUCAGCUCCGGUCAGUAGCCGAGGAUUUCCCCCUGCAUUUUCUCGUUUUUCGAAUACGUAAAGAGAAUAGAGCAAAGCAGAUUGUUGCUCCGGACGCCAUUUUACUCGUGAUAUGAUGAUUUGAGGAUUUUCGCCUCCAUUUUCUCUCGUUUCUGAAUAUGUAAGAAAAUCGGAGCAAAGCAGAUUGUUGCUGUGGACGCCAUUUUUAUCGGUGAGUUUAAGAUGAUUAUCUAGCUAGCUCCGGCCAGUAGCGGUUUGAGUUAAAAGAAGAAAGCAGAAUAUACAGAGUAUAAACAGAGGAACAAAACAGAAGGGAAUUAAAAAUGUUGACAUGCAUUACAUGUAAGCAAAAAGUUGAAGAUGAUGGUGGAGAAGAAGAAGGUAUUCGAGGUUCUCCCAAUACUAAAGAUGCUAUCAAAAGCCUGACAGCACAGAUUAAAGAUAUAGCAUUGAAGGUCACUGGUGCUUAUAGGUGCAAGUCAAGUAGUAUGCCCACCAACAAUUACAAGAAAGGGCAUGGACCAUAUCCAUAUCCAUAUCCAGAGUUUGAUGCAAUCUCUGAGGGAGUUUUAUAUAAUUACCAAACAGGAAGUUCAAAUUCUACUCCAGCUUGGGAUUUUACUAGUACUGGUCAAUUCCAAACACCAACUAGGACUGAUUCUAGAUUAAGUGAUGUGAUGUUGGAAGAUGAAGAGGAGGCUAAAGAGUGGACAGCACAAGUGGAGCCUGGAAUUCAGAUUACUUUUGGUUCUCUCCCACAUGGUGGAAAUGAUCUUAAAAGAAUCAGAUUCAGUCGGGAUGUGUUCAACAAAUGGCAAGCUCAAAGAUGGUGGGGUGAAAAUUAUGACAGAAUUAUGGAGCUUUACAAUGUUCAGAGAUUUAAUAAGCAUGCUCUUCACACACCCUCACAGUCUGAGGAUGGGAGAGAUUCAAAUUAUUCGUCAAGGCCUGGAUCUGCAAGGGAUUUCCAACAAUACAAUGCUGGAUUAGGUGCUCAUGUCCCUAGUUUCCCAAAGGGUAGUGGGGCAUCAAGAACGACGACCUCCUCUAGAGACGAGGUUUCAGUUUCUGUAAGUAAUGCUAGUGAUAUGGAGUCAGAAUGGAUAGAACAAGAUGAACCUGGAGUGUGUAUAACUAUCAGACAAUUAGCUGAUGGAACUAGAGAGCUACGUCGAGUUAGAUUCAGUCGCGAAAAAUUUGGAGAGGUGAACGCGAAGCAGUGGUGGGAGCAGAACUGGGAGAGAAUACAAGCACAGUACCUUUAAAAUCAUGUAUUCCAUAUUAAAUUAUCAGCAUUUUCCACGACUUAUAAAAGGGUACUCAAAAUGGAAUAUUUUGCCAUCCUCGAAGCAAAGUUAACAUCAUCUAUGAUAAGGGUGACGGAGAAGGAGCCAAGAUUUUAACUUUAUGAGUUCUAAAUUCUAAAAUAGCAACAUCAGGUGUUUUGUAAUGUGGCUCGGAGCUAAGUUUUUGUACACAUAUAGUAGAUUUGGAUUCGGUUGUACCCUUACGUAACCUUCUAGCUCCGCCCCUGUGGGGUGAGGCCCCAAGGGGGGCAGAGACACAUUUUGAUCCUUUCAGUUUCCUACUUCUAUAUGGAUCUCCAAAUUUCAAAUUUUCUAAGCAUCAAAACUAGUAA